AUGCCCCAGGACGAGCAAGCGACGGCGACGGAGGAGUACGACUACGAUCGGGAGCUCUACCGCUGCCCCAUCUCGUGGCCCAUCACCUCCGACAAGCCCAAGAUGACCAAGAAGGUGUACUCUCUCAUCAAGAAGACAGUCACGGCGAACAAGAAGAGGGGCAUUGUGAAGGGCAUUAAGGAUGUUACCAAGGCGAUUCGCAAGGGCCAGAAGGGUAUUCUCGUGCUCGGCGCCGAUGCGUCUCCAUACGACGUGGUGUCACACUUCCCUCUCAUGGCGGAGGAGGCUAAGAUUCCGUACGUGUGGGUGCCGUCGCGGCAGGACCUAGGCACUGCCACCCAGUGCAAGCGUGCAACCUCUGUCGUGCUGCUGAAGGUGAACGAGGAACUCAAGUCGAGCUAUGACAAAAUUGUCCUCGCCAUCGAGGACCUGAACUUGGAGGAGUAG